GAUGUGGGCGGGCAGGACAAGAUCCGGCCACUGUGGAGACACUACUACACGGGUACGCAGGGCCUCAUCUUUGUGGUGGACUGUGCAGACCGGGACCGCAUGGACGAGGCGAGACAAGAACUCCAUCGCAUCAUUAACGACAGGGAGAUGAGGGACGCUAUCAUCCUAGUGUUUGCCAAUAAGCAGGAUUUGCCUGAUGCUAUGAAGCCUCAUGAAAUCCAGGAGAAGCUAGGCCUAACCAGAAUCAGGGACCGCAACUGGUACGUCCAGCCGUGCUGCGCAACCACGGGUGACGGGCUGUACGAGGGCCUUACGUGGCUCACCAGCAAUCACAAGUCAUGAUGCUUGGGCCGGGCUCCCAGCUCUUAGCUUCCAUAGUCAGCUCGGCAGACAGAGAUGGCUCCUCGGAUUGUGACGGAUGGACGGCCUACGAACUAAACUAGUGGUCCAGGGGGAAAAGGGGGGAUGGGGUAGAGGUUCAAACUCUUUGAGGACGACAGUGUGGUUUAGGAACUGGUGCCUCGCUAGAUUAGGCACAGGAAGGUGGCUGAAUGGCCCUGAUCAUGAGACCCAAUAGGGGCAUUGGCUUCCCUUGAUUGCAGUGGUGCCAGGCAUGUCAGGACCAAACAAGAAAAAAAUCUUAAAAGAGAGGAAGGAAAGAAAAGAAGGAAGAGGGAAAGAAGGCAUAAAAGUGUUGUUGAAAGUCCUGCAUGUCUGAAGCAGGAACUAAGUGUGUUGGACAUGCAAACAUAUAGGGGAUUUCUGGCCGUGAAAGUUGCAGCUCUCUCUCCUCAGCAGCUGCUGCUCCAAGGGAUGCCAUCUCCAGCUGCCAAGUGUGAAUAGGAGUAUCAUUAUAAAUAAACUAAAUAAUAUUUAACGAGUGUUAAUGUAUAUUUUUGAUCUAUUAGUUGGAUAUGAUUUUAUCUACAAAAGACUGCCAAAUAAGUAUGGAUAAUAAGACUUGAUCUCUAUUGUACCCUGCACUAGCUAGAAAGACUACAAUUAUGAGUUAAUUCAUGAUUUUAUAGAAAACACUGUUAAGCAUUCUCAGAGCAAAUACUUCUAUAAAAGAUUAUAUCAGCCAAUUAGAUUAAUUACUUACAAAGGUGCAUCCACUAAUCUUGAUGUUUGUCAUCAAUCUCAAGUUUCAUUAGACCAUUUUAGAUUCUAGUAUUGGUCAUUUCCAUUGUUUUUCUCAUUUCUUUUUCAUUGAAUUUUUUUUUUUCACAUGCAAUACGUCUUACACAUAUGAACUCGCUUAUUUUCUCUCCCACUCGUUCUUCCCGGGCACAAAGUUUAAAGAGGAUUAAAAAAUAGAAAGAGCUCGAGCACUGCACUAUUUUCUAACAUGUGUAUAUAGGAUCCAUGGUGCUCUCCUGACGUCCCCAGAGAGGAGAGGCGCUCAAGUUGUGGUAUUGAUAAGACUUUUCUAUAUUUGUCUACGUUAUGUUCUGUUUUUGUUUUUUGCCAAGAGGGGAGCCAAGGGUCCCGUAACGGACUACUUUUAGACGUCAGGGUUCAGUCAUUAUCACAGUGUAUUUAAAAUGUGUGUGUGCGUGUAUUAUGAAGGGAAUCUGUGUCUGUGUGUUGGGGGAUAGUUUCUUUUUUUACACACUUAAAAAGAUAGUUUGAUUAUUAUAAAAAAAAAAAAAAGAGAGAGAGAGAAAAAGGAUUUAAAAAAAGAUGGUUCUGUAUAUAUAAUGUGCAAAGUAGUCGGUGCAUGAGAUGCUUCUGCGUAAAGUGUUUAGGUCUGCAGUUGCUCUUGAGAUUUUGUGGUUGCAUUUUUUUUUUUUUUUUUUUCCCCUUUUCAUUUCUAUUUUCCUUUUUUGUUUGUUGUUAUGUUUUUGUUUCUUGUGUACUGCAUUAAGACUUUCAUAGUUUUUCUAAUGUGAUGUUUUAUUAGGAGCAAAUCUUUUCUGUAGUUUUGAACCUGGAUGCAAAAAUAAUAUUUACCAGUGAUAAAAGUAUUUUAUGUGUAUAUAUACAUGUCUAUGUAUAUGUACAUGUAUGAAACAAGUUAGUGGUUGCUAAAUUUGUAUUGUGAAUAAGAGGUUUACCUCUUCUUUCUUUUUUGGUGGGGGGUUGCCUUUUGAAGAUAGCACACCAAAAACUUUUGAUUCUAAAGGCUUUGAAAUACAUCCAGGUACAAGGUGUUUUAUGAAAAGACAUGGGCUAUGGGAGAAGGUGAAGAGCCUGAGCAAAGGUCACAGUACAGCACCACAAGAGGCUCUCAGCCCACACUGUGUUUGGCAACUUGUUUCCAGUCAACUUUUUUUCGUCUGUUAUCCUAGGCAGUGAUGUGUCUAAAUUUGAAAGGAUUGAAGUUUCUAGAACACAGGGUGUGUGUGUGUGAACACUUAACAAAAGAGGUAUUGCAGUUGAGAAUGCAAUAUCAAUAUAUGUACACAAUGACAUUGUAGUUACUGAUAACCUUAUAGGUUACACAAACUUACAUUAAUGCUGUAAAAAAUUGUUUCCCCUGAGCAAAGUAAACAUUAUCUGCACUGCCAGUAAUCCCAUUAUAUCCUUGCCAGAGUUAAUAAAUUCUUGUAGACCUUA